UCGGACGUGACGCCACUAAUGGCAUCAAUGGUACCGUUCGGUUCUCACACGAGAUCGGCGGUGGUUUGGAGCUAAGCGUCGGGCCGCGGGUUUAAUCCAGAUCACGGUGCAGUCCCCGACGGGGUGAGAAGAGGACAUCAAAGGUGGAGGAAUUGCGACUGGGUAUCUCAGACAGAAUAUCACAUCAGAUCUACACCCCACUCAGCUCCCCAGCACCUGAAUAUCAUCGGCCUGUGAACGUGGAAGGAGAGAUGCUGGUUUGUUUCACUUCAGACCCCAGGCAGUGAGGGCUGUUGCAGGGCACUGACCGUGACACAUUGGAGAGACGAUGUUCUCAGCGACGAUGAGAGAAACUGCUAACGUGAGGUCAGGAACCAGUUGCCGAAAAACCGUGUAACUUCUCCCAGCCUGUGAAGGAGCGGGCAGUGAUCACUCCAGUGCAGAUUGGGAAAAGAACACCCACUGCAACGAGAGACCGUGUGUGACACGCUGGGGGAGGUGAGCUCACCUGAUCUGUGACUGGGAACGUGUUCACCACAUCCUUGUUUCUACACCAGGAAACAUUCAUUCUUUUGACUGAGAUAAACUUGAUCCAUUUCCCUGAGAAUAUUCAAAAGUUCUUUCCACCUGUUUCCAUUUGAGGAAAGUAAUUAAUUCGGUCAUCUUUUUACUGACUGAUCACUGAGGUCCUGGGGAAACAUUGUCACCCUGCUUCAGGUGCAUGAAUGGACUCACUCAGUCAUCUGACCUGAUGAGACGCCAGCAAAUUCACACUGGGGAGAGGCCCUUCACCAACUCUGCAUGCAGGACAGGCUUCAUUCCCUCAGCCCACUUGGCAAUACACCAGCGAGUUCAUACUGGGGACAGGCCAUUCUCCUGCUCUCGUUGUGGGAGGGGGUUCCUUCGGUCAUCCGACUUCCUUGCAUGUCCAACCCCGGGAAAGGUUGAAGUGACCCGGUGACCUGAUGAGCCAUCAGCUGUUUACCGCUGAGGAGAGGGCGUUCACCUGCUCCCACUGCGGGAAGGCUUUCAAGCAUUCCUUCAGCCUGCAGAGUCACCAGCGCGUCCACACCGGGGAGCGGCCGUUCAUCUGCCCUGAAUGCGGGAAGGGGUUCACUCAGUCGUCCAGCCUUCAGACGCACCAACGAAUCCACACCGGGGAGCAGCCUUUCUGCUGCCGUCAGUGUGGCAAGAGGUUCACUCAGUCCUCUCAGCUCCUGAUACACCAGCGAAUUCACACCGGGGAGCGGCCGUUCAUCUGCUCUGAGUGUGGCAAGGGGUUCACUCAGUCGUCUAACCUUCAGACUCACCAACGAAUUCACACCGGGGAGCAGCCUUUCUGCUGCCAUCAGUGUGGCAAGAGAUUCACUCAGUCGUCCCAGCUACUGAUACACCAGAGAGUACACACCGGGGAGAGGCCGUUCAUCUGCUCCGAGUGUGGGAAGGGAUUCACUCGAUCGUCUGACCUUCAGAGACACCAACGAAUUCACAAUGGGGAGCAGCCAUUCGUCUGUCGUCAGUGUGGCAAGGGAUUUGCUAAGUCAUCCAGCCUACUGACACACCAGCAGGUUCACACCAGGGAGAGGACAUUCACCUGCUCUGAGUGUGGGAAGGGAUUCGCUCAGUCAUCCAGCUUACAGAUACACCAGCAAAUUCACACUCAGAAGAGACUGUUCACCUGCUCCGAGUGUGGGAAGGAGUUCACCCAGUCAUCCAAAUUGCUGGCUCACCAGCGGGUUCACACUGGGGAGAGGCCGUUCACCUGCUCAGAGUGUGGGAAGGGGUACACUCGGUCAUCUGGCCUUCUGACACACCAGCGAAUUCACACUGCGGAGAGGCCCUUCACCUGCGCCGAGUGCGGGAAGGGAUUCACUCGGUCGUGCGACCUUCAGAUGCACCAACGAAUUCACACCAGGGAGAGGCCCUUCACUUGUUCUGAGUGCGGGAAGGGGUUCACGCGAUCGUUCGAGCUUCUGAUGCACCAGCGGACUCACACCGGAGAGAGGCCCUUCACCUGCUCCGAGUGCAGCAAGAGUUUCACCCGGUCGACUGACCUCCUGAGGCACCAGCGAAUUCACACCGGGGAGAAGCCGUUCACCUGCCCCGAAUGUGGGAAGAACUUCGCUUGGUCAUCUCACCUUUGGAGACAUCGACGAGCUCACGGUGAAGGGGUGCUAGCAACAAGAGGAAGAUUGAUCCAAACCAGGCGCCAAGAUCAGCCAGAGUCACUCAGCCCAGCAAGGUCAGAACACCAGCAACCUUUGGACGUGGGAGUGAACAGCAUCAUUCACAGUGGGGAGAAACUGUUCUCAGGUCCCGAGUGUGGAGACGGCUUCAGCCAAGCAUCUGGACUGUCGAGAUCGCAGAGCCACUACCCCAAGGAGAAACGAUGGAAAUGUGGGGAAUGUGGCAAGGCGUUCUAUUACCCGUCUCAUCUGGAAAUUCAUCGGCGCAGUCACACCGGGGAAAGGCCCUUCACCUGCCCUGUAUGUGGGAAGGCAUAUUCCAAUUCGUCUACCCUGUCUAGACACCAGCAUGUUCACUCCAUGGAGAAACUGUCUGCCUGCUCAGUGUGGGAAGGGAUGCAUUCAGCUUGACAUGUUAAUGGUACAUCGCCUAGUUCACGCUGCUGAGAAGCUGUUUGACUGCCUCGUGUGUGGGUAAGGAUUCACUAGGUCUGACAGGCUAAUUACACACUAUUGAGACCUUCCCCUUCACAAUGGGAAGGGUUUCACUCAGUCACAGAGGAUUACGUCACACCAGCAAAUUCAUACUGGAGAGAGGGUGUUCACUGACUGCAAGUGGGGUGAGAGACUCACUCAGUCAGUUAGUCUGUGGAAUCACCAGUGAGUCCACAAGUGAGUGUAGGAGCUGGAUUCCACUAUAAUUGCUCCAAAGAAUUAUAUCCAGGACUGGACCGGGGAUUCUUUCCCAGCCUGGCAUCUUUCUGAUGAUGAUUUUUAAUGUCCCUUACCAGUGCCCAAUAAAUUUUAUUGGUCUUAAGCACA